AUGGCUGACAGGCGAAAAUUACAAGGUGAGAUCGAAAGAUGCUUAAAAAAAGUGAGUGAAGGAGUUGAAACGUUUGAAGAUAUUUGGCAUAAGCUCCACAAUGCAAUCAACAGCAAUCAGAAGGAGAAGUAUGAGCAAGACCUUAAGAAGGAAAUCAAGAAACUCCAGAGGCUCCGAGAUCAGAUCAAAACAUGGGUGGCCUCCAGUGAUGUAAAGGACAAACAAGUUUUGACUGACAACCGGAAGCUAAUAGAAAUGCAAAUGGAAAGGUUUAAGAUUGUUGAGAAGGAGACAAAGACAAAAGCUUAUUCCAAAGAAGGUCUUGGUGCUGCAGCCAAAAUGGAUCCAGUCACAAAAGAGAAAGGGGAAAUCAUUAACUGGUUAUCUCAUUCUAUAGAGAGCUUGAAUAUGCAACUUGACAAGUUUGAAAGUGAAUUGGAGACAUUAGUUGCAGGGUCCAAAAAGAAAAAACUUGACAAAGAGAAAAAUGAUCGAUAUGAAGAGUUGCGACAAUGGCAGGACAAACACAAGUUUCACAUACAGCGGCUAGAGCGGAUUAUGCGGAUGGUAGACAAUGAUGCAUUACCUCUCGACCAGAUAAGAAAGAUCAAAGAUGAUGUUGAAUAUUAUGUGGAAUCUAACCAAGACCCAGACUUUGAAGAAAAUGAAUAUUUGUAUGAUGAUUUAGAUCUUGAAGAUCGGGGCACUGGCAUGUUAGCAACGACACCACCUGAGAAUGAUGAACUAGAGAAGUUAUCCAGCACACCUACUUCAACAAAUUCUAAUUCUCCUUCUCCUAGUCCAAGUCUAACUGUCAACCAUUCCAAGGAUAAGAGUGAAGAUUCUGAAAGAAAAAGGCACAAAUCACUAACAGAUGAUAAAAAUAAAAAUAGUCAAACCUCCACCUCCACAACUACACCUUCAUCUUCGUCUAUAUCAAAAGUACCCAACACCCCAACAAAACAAGUGCUUAGUAAUGCAACAAUAGCUAAUUCCGUCACCAGUAAUCAUUUGACGACGACAACAACCCCACCACCACAGACUCCAUAUGCAGCAGCUGCAGGUGGUCAACAGUCCAACAGUACAGAUGUGAAAAAUCAAGUGAACUCCCUUGAUCAUUCUUCUUUGAACAGUUCCAAUUCAAACAAUGGAAACAGUUCUUCUGUUCCAGUUCCUUCAUCCAAUCUAAUAACUGCUACUACUGUCAGCAACAAUACUAUUGCAACAAACUUUGUUGGCAAUCCUUCUGUAGCAGCCACAGCAGCUCAAGGCCCACCAAGAGGCACACCAUCGCCAUUACCCAAUGCAACUUUACCAGUUAGUUCAGGGACACUUAUUACAUCUUUAUCAUCAUCAGUAUCCUCUAUGGCAUUAAUCUCUUCCUCGACAGCAAAUACUACUAACAGUAGUAGUGUAGGUGUUGGGAGUGCAGGCACAGCCAGUGCUACUUCUAAUAUGGCUGGUAAAAAAUCUGAAUCUGUUAUCUUGAAUGGUCCUCUCAAUGCUGUUGGGCCCUCUUUGAAUAAGCUGCAAGCCACUUUCCAGCAGCUAAAUCCUCCCCAAGCUGCAGAUUACUCAAAUAGCUAUAUCCCUGAUUCUUUGGGUUCUUUAAAGUCAAUGGCCCAGCAAGCAGUAGUGAGUGCAGGCCUGGAAAACCAUAUACCAACUUCAGAAGCAUCAACAGCUGAGAAAGUAAUUUUUGAGAAUGCAACCUCAACUCCACCAACAACACAGGCACCACCUCAGCAUGGCGUGUCUUCCCAAGAAGCAGCAUUACCGCCCCAGACAACAACAAUACACUUAAAUCCUAUAUUAGGAGUGGCACCAUUGGGGCCUUCAGCACUAACAAAAGAAAAUUAUUACCAGCUUACGAUGUUGGAGGCAGCUUUUAAUCAUUUACCACACCCAUCAGAUUCUGAAAGGUUACGGCAGUAUUUACCACGCAACCCUUGCCAGACUCCAUCAUAUUAUCCUCAAAUUCCACCUCAACAUGCAGAUACUGUAGAAUUUUUUCAACGACUCUCCACAGAAACAUUAUUCUUCAUUUUUUACUACAUGGAGGGUACCAAAGCUCAAUAUUUGGCAGCAAAAGCCUUGAAAAAGCAAUCCUGGAGGUUCCAUACAAAGUAUAUGAUGUGGUUUCAAAGGCACGAAGAGCCUAAAACUAUUACAGAAGAUUAUGAACAGGGCACAUAUAUUUAUUUUGAUUAUGAGAAAUGGGGCCAACGGAAGAAAGAAGGAUUCACAUUUGAGUACAGGUACCUAGAAGACCUCUUUUACUCCCCCCUCCCCAUUCUCUCCCAUCAUCCAGUCUCAGAAUACCUUUUCUUUUCUUUUUCUCCCCAAUUCUCUCAAUUCUAA